AUGGUGCUCCUGAAUGUGGUGAUUCCUCCAGGGAUGAAGCCUGGCCAAGAGAUCCAAGCGACCAGCCCUGAUGGCGUCAUCGUCAAGGCCACGAUUCCCAGCGGUUUGAAACCUGGGCAAACAUUCUCCGUGCAGUACACUGCCCCCGCUGGUGCCACAGCUGGCGCAGCAUCAACGAGCACGCCAUCUGGGAGCUCCUGCAUUCGGCUCAUGAGGAUGUAUAGUGGCGGCGAUCUCAUUGUGCUUUGCGGGUUGGUGGUCAUUGGAUUCAGCUUGCCAAUGUUCAUCAAGCAUGCUGGCUCCAUCCUCAACAUCCUGGCCACAUAUGUGCUUCCAGUGAUCGUGGCCGGCCUAGCGGUGGCCUAUGACUGGAGCCUGAAGGGUCCCACUGUGGCGCUGAAGAACACGUUGGCUGCGGCGGUGGUCGCCUGGAUUCUCGUGGUGCCUUUGGGCGUUGUCACCCACUCGCUGCUCAAUUACUUCACUAGCUUGAUCAUCGUGGCUGCUGCUAGCCUUUUGAUCUUGAGCGUCUUCCUCCAGUUUGGGCUUUGUGGUGGGUGGCUGUUCGCGCUGCUCAUUCUGUCGGUCUUUAUCGUCUUCGGCGGCAGCAUGGUGUGGCUCAUCAGUGGGCCUUUGGGAGGCGCAGUGAUCUUCUUGGUGGCCUUCUUCUGCACCCGUGUGAUCUUCGGCGUGAUCUUCCUCCGCGACUUGGACCCCAGUGCUUGGCCUCAUGUGAAGGAGGUGGAAAAGAACAGCGAUGAGUUCCGGAGCCAGAAGGAAUACUUCAUGACCAAUUGUCAACCUUGGGCGCACAAGUAUGACUUCAACCUUUCCGUGUCCAAAAUCUACAGAAUCGACAAGCCCGAUCCGUCAGACCCUGAGAAUGGGCCUGGCCGGUUUCUGAGCCUUUUGGGUCGGCACGGCCACAUGUGGUGGCUCCGGCUGGCGGUCAUCUCGACUGCGGCCGUAAGCCAUGGUUGGUGGGCUGGCCCGGAAGGGCCACCGGAGGUGGAGCCCUUGGAGGAGCAGGCUGGUUGGCGGCAGCAUCUUCGGGAGUGGUUCCCGGGUGCUGAGCGAAGGCUCAAUGCCACGGAAGAGUGGCUCACUAGCCUGGCGAGCUGGGGUCGGGAGUUGGAAGGAGCCUCGACCUGGGGAAGCUGGGAUGUGGCGCUGUGGAUGGUCGUGGACACCCUCUUCGGCAUGAUCGGGUGGGCACUCUUCGGCAGCGCUUGGACUAAGGUUCGGACCGGAUGCCGCCGGCUCCUCCAGGUUCUGGUGGUGCUGGGGCUCUGCCUGGUAGCUCACUAUGUGUGGGCCGUGUGCUACCCCAUUGUGUCGCUCCUGAUCGGGGCCUGCAUGGCGAUGGCAUGGCUACUUCGCAAAGUCCUACGAGGAGUUGGGGCCUUUGCGUUCUGGUUUCAAAAGGUUACAGGAGGCUCUCCAGAAGCCUCUGAAGCAGAGUUCUUGGGCCCUGCCACGGGACGUACACCUGAAACCUCCCAGCUUCGAGCGUUCAAGAGGUCCGGUGAGCAGCCCAAGUACAUGGUGGUGAAGAGAGGGGAAGAUGCUGCUGUCUUCGCCAUCGGCAUGGAUUCCCAGUCCAUCAAGACCCACGGCCUCUAUGUCCCUGUGGAGUGCAACACGAUUCGCGGAUCUCCGGCUUUGGUGAGGCGGCUGCGGGACGUCGAGAAGGUGCACUUAUGCCGAAACGAGGCCUGCACCGAAGAGGGAGGGGAGCACUUCGUCAUGUACGGGUUAGUUCGAAAGAAUGACCCGGAAAGAUUCCAGAUGGCCCAAGCUCGGGAGGGUGCGCGCAAGGUGACCCACGACUUCUGGGCCUGGUUGAAAGGGUCCCCGUUGACCGAAGGCACCUCACAGUUGAUGCAUCGCCUUCGGGAAUUGGGUUCCGAAUCGGAGCAAGAAGAGGAGCACCUUGUUUGCUGUGGCAGCCUGGUCACAUGGCGGGGCCCUGAUGGAACUAUGCAGUGCCUGGCCAAUCGGCCGUGCAGUGUGCGUGCUCAGCAUUUUGGGCAACUCCUCCAGGAUGAUGUCCCCACUCAGUGCGGGGCUGUGGCAUUGUGCGGGGAUCAUGCUACUCAGUACCUGACCCGACGGUAUCCCGACAAGUGCAGUGUGACCUUUUGCAGAAGGUUUGGCAACAAGCUGCAGCAUGGAGUGGACAUCGACGAGGAGGAGAACGAUGAUGAGGAGAACGGGGUCAACAACGAGGAGGCGCACGGUGACGAGGAUAGGCAUGGUCGUGCGAGAAAGCUGUUGGGAAGGGCUCGUGAAUGUGAGGAGCCCGAGAGCAAAGAGAGAACGCCACGUUCGGAAGGUGCCGGCAGCUUGCUGGAAGAGUUCUUUGAGAUCUUUGCAGCCGGGAAGGCUGAUGGACUCCGUGAAGACCAAGCGCGUAAAAAGCUGGGAGCUGACCGCCUGCUACUACCCGGUGAUCUUCUUCGACAACUGGUUGGGGAGGCGGAGAAUGAGCAGGCGCAAGGACAGAGAGGGCUGUCACGUUUCUUGACCACGUGGCGGAAGGAGCUGGCUAGGUGGAAGAGAAGCGAGGUGAUGGGCUACGAGUGGCACCCCCGGGGAUCUAUCGCCCUGACACCAGGGCCGGAGCCAGGACCGACAGUGGACCUACUGCAGAACCCGUUGUCCAAAUUGCCAAAGCGAUCCAACAUCAAACAGCAGAAUUGGCUUCUUUGGUUCGCCAACAAACCGAAGGAGCAGGAGGUAGGAGCCUCGACCAAGCUUCGAGCAGCAGGCUUCCGCCAAAGGAUGUCAACCCGGCUGGCAGUGGGGAUUGCAGGGCCGUACUGGGGCAUUCAGGAGAAGUAUGGCCUAAGCGCUGCGGACUUCCUUUCCUACACGGACGCUGAGCUCGACCAGUUUGCGUCUGAGGCCAAGGUGAUGAAGAACACCGACCAAAGACCUCCUCCUCCGUCCAGGUUUGACGAGUGGACCGCCCGAGUACGACACCAGACAGAUGUGUGGUGCCUGGUUUAUGGGGAGGAAUGGAGGGCCGUACGGAACAACGCCCUCAACCUCUUGUCGGAGUGGCAUCUGUCCCAUCCCCACAGGUGGCCGCUGGCCAUAGUCAUCGACAUCUGGGAGGAGAUUCACUGGCGAUUUCUGGAGGAGCUCAAGGACGUGCUUCGGAGCCUCAAGAAGGAGAUUGGCAGGGAGACGAUCAGCCUUACCGAGCUCAAGUUCCAUGCGCUACUUCCGGGACCAGAUGGACAGGCAUGGCUGGUGAUGCCCACAACCUUCGACAUUGAGAAGCCCGACUCGUGGUUCCAGACCGAGGUCCUCCCAAGGAUCGAGAGGAAGCAGGACCGCCUCUUAUGGAAUCUCACUUGGCAGGGCGGGGCACGGAAGGAUCGCAACCCGGCAGCACCGGCAGGAGGAGCAGGGGAGAGUGCAGGAAGCUUGAGCUCGCAGUCCAAGCCCACUCUCAAGUCGUUGUGGGGGCCCAAGUUGACUCCGGAGGAGGUCGGAAUGGCCAAAGAUCGGGCCCCUUUGGACCGCCACGGCAAGUUGCUCUGCUGGGGAAACCUGUGCCACAUUGGCUGCCAGACGACAGGUUGUCAGCGCUCCCAUGAAGGACUUCGCGGCUCUUUCGAGAAUCUGGACCCGUGUGUGCAAAUGCAACUCCUCAAAAGAGGCGGGCUGAAACGGAUGAAGCUCGAGAGCCCGGACACCGUGACCACCAAGAUCAAAGACAUCCGGUCCAAGAUGCGGGUCGAGAAGACCGACAAGAUCCAGGACGGAAAGAAGCGAGCGAAAGCUGGGAGCACCCCGGCAGCCGUCGGGACAGAAUCUGGAGGGCAGGAGGUAACGGAAGAUGGCCGAGCUGGAGGAGAAGGGCCAAAGGUGCGAUUUUGGGACGUCCCUGAGGAGUUCGAAGUCGACUACACCAAGGGCGAGGACCUCAAGGAUGUGAUUCAAGGGCCGGACUAUGCAUGGCAUCGAGAUGUUCAUCGUGAUCUUCCACCUCAUCAUGGUCGGGAUGGUACUUCGGCACCGCAGGAGGCGAAGCACCUGGUCCAGAAAGCCCAGGAGCUAGGAAAGUCCCCCGCUCUUCAGGCACUGGAGGGAGCCACUGAUGACCUGUAUGCAUGGGCCGCUGAUAGAGUUGCCAGGGAACCCGGAGUCGAACUCUCUUCACUUCUUCAGGAAAUGGCGACCUAUGGGAUGGGAGAGCUUGCACGAGAAGCGGCUGAACUACUGGAGCAACGGGAAGGAACUAAAGCAGGCUCGGCUCGGCUGGUGGUUCGAGACACCCUGUGGGCAGAGGGGCAACCAGGGCAGGGAAGCGUCGAGCUCGACGGCACCACUUGGCGGCUGUGGGACUAUCAGGAGGACGUCAUGAUGACGGAGGACCUGGCAGCACUUCUUCACCUACCGGAGGUGUCCAUCGAGCGGCGGCAGUGCGUGACCAUUACCAUCGCGGCUAUGGUUGAGUGGAAGGAGAAGGGCCGACGGCCGUCGGUGGAGCAAGUUCAGACCAGAGCACAAGGCCUGAGGUUGGAGCAGACGCGGCUAGCAGUGGACGCGGCCAACACCAUCGGCGAGGCGGAGGAGAUGGUUGCAGCUGUGGAACAUGAAGUCAGGACCUACAUCCAUGACCUCACUACAGCUCACCACGAGAAGGACUUUCGCUCGUUGGCGGUCUUCCCUUUGGAAGCCCUUGCGGACUGCCGAUUGGUGGUUUUCAGGGCGGACUACCGAGGGGGCUUGGUCGUGGAGUGCAUCAUUGGGUCCAACUGGAUAGAUGGGGGUUGGACGACCUUCGCACUGAUUUGGAAGGGCCACAUGGUCCUUCUGGAACCACCGGACGGCUACGACCUGGAGCGCUUCCUGGCCAGAGAGGACCCCCAAACCACGCCUGCGACGGGGUUCACGUUCUUUUGGCAUGCUCGUCAUGAUCAACCUCCCACUGCACCAGGCAAGAUCUUCUGCAGGUUGUGCAAAGCAGGUCGCAAAGCUGGGGAGUCGCUCAACGCGCCAAGGCAUAGCUGCCUGUCCUACACAGCCGCCACCGCGGGAGGAACCAUGGACAUCCACCACGACCACAAUGUGAUUCGGGCAGUUCGGGGUGCAGGCCAGCCACAUGAACCGGGGCAGCUGGUGCUAAGGGAGUUCUUUGCCGGGAAAGGUGGCAUCUCCGCGGAGUGGAGCAAGACGAGCCCGAUCAUGGAGCCAGUCGAGGUCUACGAGCAUCCCCACGACAAGCAGGGUUACAGGGCACACUUUGACUUGAGUCGAAAGGAUGUCCACGACAAAUUUCUGGCAGAGGUGCGUACCGGACCUUCAAAUGUGCAUUGGAUUGCAGCCCCUUGCACGAGCUACUGUGACUGGCAGCAGAAGAAUGGCGGGACUCGCACCUUCGAGUGUCCCGAAGGCACUGGACAGGGACCGUUAGCAGCAACUGAGGCAACGGGCAACAUCUUGAGUAUGCACGCUGCUGAGCUCUUUGAGGCUUCGUUGGAUUCCGGCGCCUUCCCCCUCGUCGAGUCCAGUGGGGUCAGUGGUCGGUACCCCAAGCAAUGGGACCUACCGUGUUGGAAGCGCAUCCUCCACCGGCCGGACGUAGAGUAUGUUGACCUGCCCAUGUGCGCCUUUGGUCUUGGUCCCCCUGAUGAGCCAGAUCAUUUCUAUGUGCACAAGACCAGGGUGGUCUUCCCACUGCAUCCACCGUUACGGCGGGCGCUCCGGCGAGUCUGUCCGGGCCUGUCAACCUCCCACCGGCACAUCGGACUGAAGGGUUGUCGCGACGGCCAAACCGCGGUCUACGGGAUCGAGGCGGAGACGAUGGAGAAGAUGGAGGUGCUCUACUACCUGGUGACCGUGAAGAGGCUGGCGGAGACGGUGAGGAUGACCUACCUGGAGACCUACCCGGAGACGAUGGCGAAGGACAUGACGGAGAUGGCGGAGGCGUCCAAGGACAUGACGGAGAUGGCGGAGGGCCGUGAUCUCAGCAAAGGACCGGGUGAUCCCUAUGCCGUGGAGACCAAUGAGAAGCUCAUCCGCUCCGGCGGGAGGAAGUCCACCAGGGUGGAAUACCCGUAUGGCCUGUCGAGGGCGGAGCGAUAUCGCUUGGCAUGUGAGAAAGGAAAGGGCAAAGGCACCCCCUCCCGAGGCGCCGAGCCACCUCUAGGAGAUCUUGACCGAGGAGAAGGGGAGACCCUGCAAGGAGUCUGGGCAGAUCCAAUGGGCCCCUCCACCAGUGUGGACUUUCACCGCACCAGCCCAACCGGACCGGGCGACCACUGGGGCUCGCCUCAAAGGUGGCAGUACAACCCGUCCCGCAGGCAACUGUGGAGAGUUCAUGAUGAACCCAGGACGACCCUUUACGUCCCGUCAGAGAUUGGUCUCCCUACACCGCUGGCCCACCUGACCAACGAGAGGGUCACCCAUCUGCGAGAAGGGGCGAACCAGGUUGUCAUCACGGAUGAUUGGCGGGCUGCCGGAGGAGCUGAUCCAGGCUAUGGCAGGUGGACGGGCGUGACCAUCUUCACCAUCCAGGAGAUGCCGGUUGUCGACGACGAGGCGAUCCCGUGUGAGGACGACUGGGAGUGGGGCGAAGACGAGGAUGAGGGACCCGACCCGGGAGAAGAUGACGGACCCGGGCCAGAAGUGAGUGUCCAAGUGGAGUCAGGCCCCACGGCCUACGCCGGGAGCGAGGCACAGGACGGCCCAGGUUCGGCCUACCAGGCACCAACUACAGCAGCGCGGCAGGCAGCGGAGGAGUAUGUCAAGGCCAUUGAGCGGGACUUUGACAACACUCCCAAUGGUUGGGCAGCCGUGCUACGGGCGGGCAACAAGCUGGUUGAGGUCGCGGGUGGAGUGCGCCAAGCUGCUGAAAGCCUCUGGGAGGUAAGGGAGAAGGCCGGCAUGAUGAACCUAGCCCAGGUGGAUGACCCGGAGCUUGACCGGGUGCUACACCCCCACCUACUGGAGUAUCUCCGGGAUGUUCGACGAUAUGGCAUGGCGGCCAGGUUCCAAGGGCUUCGAACCAGAGCCUUUGCGAAGCUUCACCCCAAUGCACGACGCCAUGUUGACAAGGUCUUCGCCCAGGUCGCCAAGGAUGUGGGAAAGCAGAGGGUGUUGGUCGUCAGCGCCAUGAUGCCGCAGCUGAGCGGGACGAUGGCCUCACCGUUUGAGGCGGUGCAGAAGCUUAAACCAGAUCGCUCGGUGUCGGAGGAGGUGAGAGUGGUCCACGACCAGAGGACCAUCAACCAUGGGACGAACAAGUUCCUUCACCCGCCGGCCCUUCAACCUACCCACUCGCAGAUCGCCAAGCGCAUCCUAUGGGCUAAGGGUCGGUGCCCGGGCUUGCCGGUCCUCCUGUCCAAGAAGGACAUUUCUGGGGCUUUUAGGCUUCUAUGGGUCGCCCCGGAGGAUGUAGAGUUGUUCGCCGGGGAGCUGCCGUGGAACCCGAGGAAGGCCUUUCCGAACGCCACAGAUGAAGAGAUUCACUUGGAGGGCGUCCCAGGCGGCGACAUCACGGUGGUCUACUUGGUCUCCAGCUUCGGGUUCAGUGGUAGCCCGGGAGAAUGGACUGUAUGGGGGCGUAGCACGGAGGAAUUCCAUCGAGCUCACCGCCCGGCGGUUCCACGGAGAGACAUGGGCCAUGGUUUCGAUUGCAAGGUCCUCGUCGACGACGGAGUGUUGGUGGAGCCCUGGGUGGGACUGAGGCCGUGGGUGAGCGCGGAGGUGUUUGAGCACGGCAUCAGGACGCUCCUGGGGAACAAGGCGGUGAAUGAGGAGAAGGACAAGGUGGAAGGAGCCUUCAAGACCGCACAAACGGUCUGGGGGGUGAUCAUGUGUACGGAGGACGAGACUGCUACGCUUCCAGAGCGACGCAUUCAGAAAGGAGCGGUCCUUUUAGCUGACAGCUGCUUUGACUACGGCUCCAAGGAGGUCACUCUGAAGCAGCUACAACAGUUCAGAGGCAUCUUGACCGGAUGGGGAGCCAUCGUGAAGGGUCUGGUGAACGAGCUCAAGGCGGCGGACAAGUUUCUUGCGGGUCGUGACGGGCAUCAGAAGGUGAAUCCCCGACUACGUGGAGAAGGCAGCCAAGCCUGGGAGGCAGACCGGGCAUGGGAGGAUCUAUGGGAGCUUUUCGAGGUCUGCCGUUGGCUGAGUGCGCGGACGGAUCGAUGGGAAUCUUUUGCCACUGGCUUGAGAUCUAUGCUCCCCACUAUGGAGAGAUUGAGUUUGCCUGGAGAGUGGGAGAAGGUCAUUUGGGUGUCGUCCGACGCUACGCCUACAAUGGUGGGAGCCAUCGAUUGGACCAACAGACAGGUGACACGCCUUCCCACCGGGACAUUGAAAGCGUGGGCCGCUCGGGCUCUGUCAGACUAUGAGAUUGGGGAUCAGGAGACCGACCUCGUGAUCCACCUGGGUGAGAUGCUGUCCUUUGUUGCCUUUGCAUGUGCAGCUGGGGACCAGUGGAAGGGGGCAGUAGUGGCCUAUGGCGGGGACAAUACCAUCGUCAAGAAUUGGCUACAAUCCCGGAAGAGCAACACCCGAGGGGGAAGAAUCCUCAUCAGGGCCCUCAACCUGGCGGAGAUGAAGUACAACUUCACGGUCGUGAGCGGAUGGUGGCGGACCUAUCACAACGUCCAUGCGGACUUCAUCACGCGGUGCGCCCAGGCGGAGUUCGAGGACUUCGUGAAGGAGAAGGGCCUUCAGGUGCUGGACAUCUCUGCGGCGAUCCACGGCGCUCUGGAGGACUCGGCCCGGUAUGGAGCAUGCUUCCUUUGGGGGCCAGAGAAAGAAGGUGAUCGCGCACUGCAACUCCAGCUCCGUGAGAGAAGGGUGUCAAAACAGAUCCAAAGGGAGCUCGAGAUUCCUUGGAAAGCCUUCGCCGUAAAGGAGUGGACCCCCGCUGGAAGGUGGCUGAAAGAUUUUGAGGCCUUGGGAGGAGCCUUAGGCGCGGCCAUCGAGGACGUUGGGGACCGGCCGGUGCUUUUGCGCGCCACGCUCGGAGUGGACUACAAAGGGAAGCACAUGGAGCAGUACCUCCGCAACCUUCAACAUGAGGGAGCUCGUUUGGGACUGGUCGAAGGGCCUGGGAAGGUCGAUUGGGAGCGUGGGCAGCGACACUGCGAGAGCCGGGGAUGGGGCUAUGGGAUCGUCGACUUCAUCACCACCGAGAAUGGGGAGGCGUUGACGAGGAGGAGGCGGUGCUUGGUGGUGAACCCACAUGGUGCUCUACCUGAGGCAUGGGAGGAGUUUCUGGUCAGAGCUAUGGGCCCAGCACCGAUGAGUUCACUGCUGAAGCCAAAGGAGCACCAUGAACUGUGUUGGACCAAGCCAUUGCGUUUGGAGCUGGAGAGCGGCAUCCCGAGAGAUCGAAUGCUACCUCAACCCGCAGGUCAUGUCUGGUGGGGCGAAGAGCGGGAGGUGAUCCAUGGGAUUGGAGGCCCUGGUCGGUGGCCCUUGCUGUCUGACGACGGGAGCAGUCUACAGGGCUACUACGUCUACGAUCGCCGAGGACCUGGAGGCCAUGUUCGUCGUCUUGACCCGGAGGAACUAUGGGUUCUACAAGGGCGUCAGCUUCGAGACCUACCAGCCAACAUCCCUGCCGAGGUUGCGGUGAUCGAAGGGGUCCGAGCCACGGGAGUUCAAACUGCCGCGAACCUGGUAACCAUGGGAGGCCAAAUCCUCUGUGAGCUGAUCGCCCGGGAAGCGGGGGAACUGAACCCGGGUAAGGCCGGGAUGAUGCCGGACGCCACCGGAGCAGAGGCCAUGGCCCAGAUCCUGCUGUGGCUCAGAAGGUGGAAGAGAGGAGAGCUGAGGCGGAACCCGCCGUCCUAUGAGGCCGACACCACCAGGGCUGGUGGCGGCACGGGGCCACCUCUGAGGAGGCUGUGGAGGUGGUCGGAGGCGUGGUGGUGGGCUCAAUGCAUGGACGAGGAGGAGGAGGAUGAGGCCUACACCCUGGAGUUCGCCAACGAGAUCAAGGGUUCCUAUGCUGGCGGACGGACCAAAGCCAAGACCGACCCGCUCAAGGUUGCCGAGAAGGUGGGAGCCCAGGCUGUUCACCUCACCAAGAGUCUCGCCCCGUUUUGCGGUGAUGUUCGCGAAAGGGUCGAUGAAUGGCUGGAAGAGAACAUGACGGGGGACAAGAGUGCCGCGACGGAGAAGGCCUAUGGCGGGGCAUGGAUGAAGUGGUGUGCUUGGGCUAGACGACAGGGCUGGCCGGAUGAGUUCCUCAACCGCAACGUGGACCCGAUUGAGAACGAGAACCGAGUACUGGCCUACGUGGGUUACCUGGGAUGGCUGGGCGCCUCGCCCAAUACCAUCCGUCAACACAUCUUCGCGAUGAAGAUGGUGCACAAAAGGAGUGGCAGGGGCGACCCCUUGGACGGAAUGCACCGCGUGUGGAUCCUCGUCAACGCCUUGGACCGGAGGUCGACUACCAGGAAGCCACGACGCUUGGGGGUCACGCCUGAGAUGUUAGUGUGGUUGGGCGAGAACCUGGUCGACCCGUUAGUGAAUGACCGGCAUUCAAUCCCGUACGCGGAGGCAGUGAUGGUCGUGGCGGCCUUGGAGCUGGCGUGGUUCUUCAUGCUGAGGGCCAAGGAGUUCGGGGAAUCGAACGGAGUGGACGAGAGCAUGAUCACGAGGGGCUGCGACAUCCGCCUUUCUCACCAAGGAGUGGCGAAACCGGUGGGGGAGGCGACGGAGAUCUCCCUCUUCUUCCGGAAGACCAAGAAUGACCAGCUGGCCUUCGGGGACACCAAGACGCUGCAGGCCACGGGGAGGAAGCACCUUUGCCCAGUCGAAGCACUGGACCGUAUGAGGCAAGUCUGGACGAUGCGGUUCCUGCCAGGCCAUGCCGAGAGCACCAAGCCGUUGUUCAGAUGGAGCAAUGGCCAGGUCAUCAAGAGGAUCGAGAUCCAGCACUUCCUCCAGGAGGCAGCGGUUGGAGUGGGCUUGUGGUCCUCCUCUGCGGUGCAACGCUACCUCUUCGACGGGGGGUCGGUCAGCGCAGUCUCCAAGAAGAUGGCCGCGGUUGGAGAUGCCAUGGGGAUCGUGUGCGAUGGCUUCCGGCUGCCGAGCCACCCAGGCAUGUUUGGCAAGGGCAUCUACUUUGCCGAUUGCCCCUUGAAGUCUUGGCGAUAUUGCUUCCCCAGCCAAGAGAUGGCCAACACCCUUCCCAGGAUUACUGGGAAGGGUGGCUACAUCCUCAUGUGCUGGGUGGAUCUCGGCACCACACGGCAGGAAAAGGUGGCCAAGCCCGACUUGAAGGGCUACAAUCGCAAGAGCUGGUGGAACUGGAUCACCCGACAACGAGGCGCUUACGACUCUGUGACAGGCCUCACCGAGGAGGAAGGAGGAGCACUCCGCGUUCCAGAGUACAUCGUCUAUGAUCCCAAGCAGGUGCGCUUGGCCUACCUCUUCGAGGUCUUCAAGGAAGCUCGAAGUGCUGCGUCCGCAUCGAACAACACCGCAUCCAACACCACGUGA